AUGGCUCAAGCAGCGAGAUUAAGCAUGAGAAUGCAGAAGGAGCUUAAGCUUCUCCUCUCAGAUCCACCUCACGGCGCUUCGUUUCCACAUCUCUCCUCCGCCGCCGCUGGCUCCGGCGAUUUCUCCACUUUCUCCACCAUCGAUGCCCAGAUCGAAGGUCCUGAAGAUACUGUAUAUGCUAAUGGAAUCUUCAACGUGAAGAUCCAAAUCCCUGAGAGAUAUCCAUUUCAGCCGCCGAUUGUGUCUUUUGAGACUCCGAUUUACCAUCCAAACAUUGAUAAUAGUGGCCGGAUUUGCCUUGACAUCUUGAAUCUCCCUCCCAAGGGCGCUUGGCAACCAUCAUUGAAUAUCUCAACAGUGUUGACGAGCAUUGGACUGUUGCUGAGUGAUCCGAAUCCAGACGAUGGCUUGAUGUGUGAAGUAAGCAGGGAGUACAAAUACAAUAGACAAACUUUCGAUUACAAGGCACGUGAGAUGACUGAGAAGUAUGCAAAGUUUAAGGCUGAUGGAAGCAGCUCCAGCUUCACAUGCGAGAGUCAUGUUGAUGAGAAGAAGGCUUCUGAAAGCGGAAACAGAGUUUUAGCUGGUGGCAAUCAAGAAAAUCUUGACGGGGCUAAGCUGAAGUUAACUGUGGAAUCUUCCUUAGGCACAACACAUACAAAAGACAUAGACACUGCGGCUAAAGAUCAAAAUGGAAAAAGAAAAGCACUGACUGGUUUCUGUGAAGCGAACACAUCUGGUGACAAUGGGACAAAAACGAGCAGGAAGAAGCUAUCUCUUGCAUUGCCUCUGCCUCCUCAAUCUCAAAAGAAUGACUCGUGUGUUGAACAACAACUCGCAAAUGGAGUUUCAGCAUCUUGCAAAGAAAACAAGAAACCAGAUUCAGAUCGAAAGAGGCUAUCUCUGGGGAUGAAGCAGCCAUUGGAUAAUGCAACAUCACUCAGUAAUAACAAUAACUUGGCCUCCUCGAGGUUUCGAAAUCCUGCUGUGAAGAGUGACAACACUAGACUAAGCCGAAAACUCUCCUUGAGAACACUAGGAGAGCCACAACAGGUCAAUGAAGUAUGCAAAACCGAGGUACUUGCGCAAGUUAAUCAAGAUCCAAGAAAUUGGCACAGUGAGUAUGAGAACUCGGGUUUGGAAGAAGCAUCAUCAAUGUCUGAAUCAAUUGUUGUUCUUGACAGUGAUGACAGUGGAGGAGAAGAAGAAAAAGCAGUGUCUUCGAGGUCAAGAUUGUCAUUGGCACGGAGAGGCCUCAAGUGUAAACCUUGA